AUAUUCAAUGCCAUGAGCAGAGAUAAGCUAUGGUUUUCUCACCACAUUUAUUAUUAUUAUUACUAUAUAUGUAUAACCUUAGUACCUCUUCACCAACAUGAAGCAACCAUUUUUACACAUCAAAGCUAGCUCAAAGUUCUACUCAAAGAAAUCUCCCAUUUCAGAGAAACAAACACAUCAACGAUAUGGCUAAUUGGUCCCCUGAAAAUGCCAAAAAAGCUUAUCUACAAGCACUCAAAAUGGCCAAAAGAGACAAAGAACCUGAUGUAGUAGAGUUCAUAUCUGCUCUUGCAGCAGGAAACAAUGCACAACUCAUGGUGGUGGCCGGUGCCGGUGUGGCCGGUUCAGCCACCCUUGCUCUGGCUGCAGCGGCUCAUCAAACUGGUGGCCGUGUGAUAUGUGUAUGUUGUGACCAAAUAGAGACAAAACCAUUGAGAAAAGAUCUAGGAGUUUAUGCAGAUCGUGUUGAGUUUGUUGUAGGAGAUGUGAGAAGGCUUCUGGUAGGAGAUUACAAAGGAGCUGAUUUUGUGCUUGUGGAUUGUGACAUGAGUAAUGCAAGGGAAGCUUUUCUAGCAGCAUUUAAAGGUGCCAGCAGAGAUGGUGCAGUUGUGGUAGGAUACAAUGUUAAGCACAGAGCUUCGAGAUGGAGACAACUAAGAGCAUCGUUUUUACCCAUUGGAGAAGGGUUGUUAGUGGCCAAAAUAGAUCCAAAUUUGAAGGGUAAUAAUAAUCAAAGGGUUGUCCGAAGGAGGAGUCGUUGGAUUGUUCAAGUGGAUAACUGCACUGGAGAGGAACAUAUUUUUAGGGUCACCUCUCCUCAUAAGAAAGUGCAGAUUGAAGUCUAAGGUUUGAUAGGUUUGAUAGGUUUUCUUUUGGAUUAUGAAUAAUAUGAAAUCAUAGAAGUAAACAUAGAUAACAUGGUCUGAAGGGUACCUCCUAGGAUUGUGUUAUAGAACAGAAGCCAUUUGGUGUUCAGUGAUCUUCUACUUUGCUGUUUUCUUUUUCAUGUUUUUAAGUGUAUAUUGGUGUAAAUCAUUUGGUCUGUUAAUUUUUUUUCACAGGCCAAAGAAGCAAUGAAUGUAUAACAGAAAAAGAAGUUCAAAUUUGUAGCAUGUUGACCUUCAAAAUAGCAAGAAAACCAUCUAUAUGAUAAAAGUGUAAUGAACUUACUUUCUUCAGCUUGCAUA